CGCACACACACGCAGGAGCGCGGGGUCCUCCCAAACAGAGCCGCUUUCAUCGUGUGAGUCAACACAAGAAGUAGCCUCGACACUGUAGGAAACUAGGAAACAUUGGACCUCUGCUUGUUGGACGAGGAGGAGGAGGAGGUGUCUUGUCUGCCCGCCUGCUCUCCCGCUCUCUCUCUUCUUUCUCUCUCUCUCUCUCAAUCAACGAGGCUCCUGCCACCAGAGCCAAGAGUUGCCGUUCCGCGCACCGAUGCCAAAACGCGCAGGAGGAGUCAGUGCCAAAGGGUCAUUUUAGCGCACCACUGCUGAAAUGGAAGGACUGUAGGGAAUCCUAGAAUAAACAGCAGCCGUUUGACCCCAGAUGAUAUAAUCAUAUCAUUAGAACUAAGAAAAAGGGAAAGGAGCCAAAUAAGUACCCAUCAUCAUCAUCAUCACCACCAGCGGAGUGCUUCAUCUGUCACCGCGGUCGCUGCAGAGGUGGGCACAAGGAUUUUUUUUUUAAAUCUGCAAAAGGUCAUUGCAAAAAACAAAACAAACAAAAAAAAAAACCAAUUACCUGCGCACAUCUCAGCUCAUCGGCCGCUAACUGCUUCCUAAAAAACUCCACUUUGGCUUCCUCAAUCCAGGUGUUGCUUCCUCCGAAGACGCUGCAGGACAUUGUGGACAAACUGGUCUUCCAUCGAUCUUAUUGCGCUCCUGUCCGACUCCUCACCUCCCCGAGCGCGCAUCAAAGUUGCAGCUGAAGACUGUGAAUAGCGGAGGGAUUAAAGGAGAGGAGGGGGGAAAAGUUGGUCACCUGCGAGCCAGAGAGGACCGACACCACGGUCCAAGCCGACUCCAAGUGCCGUUCACCGGGCGAUGCCAGAGUAAAUGCCGGGGCAAUGUCCCGCCGCAAGCAGGUGAACCCGCAGCACUUAUCGUUGACGCACAGGGAGACGGUACGAGAUGCCAAUCAUGACUCAGGGGCGGGAUCUCCGUCUCCGGAGCGGUCCAGCCCCAGCCCUCGGAGGGUGGGCGCAGGCGAGCAUGACAUGCUGACCUGUGGCCAGUGCCAGACCAACUUCCCUCUGGGCGAUAUCCUGGUUUUCAUCGAGCACAAGCGCCGCCUGUGUCGGGGGCCCGGGAGCAGACCGGGGUCCUUCUCGAAGCCUGGGGAGACCGACGGGGUCACGGGCAUUUCCAUCUCGCCCAGGGCCAGGUCGCUGGAGAUGGGCAGAGGGUCCAUUCCGGUGGAGGUGGGCAUCCAGGUGACCCCCUGCAGAGAGGAGGACCUGGAGAGGAGGCUGACGCCGGCCAGAGGGAUCUGCCCCAAACAGGAGAGAGGAGGUACGCAGACUGGAGCACACUGUAAAUAAGGAUGCUCAAUUCUAAGUUUUGAAUAGAGCUCUGUCGUCAGUGUAGAUGCACAUGUCUUAAACACACACACACACACACACACACACACACACCUGCACACGUCUCUCACCUGUCCAAGACAGAUAGCUCUCUUUAAAGAAUCCCAGCUGCUUGUUAUUUUGACAGUGGCCUUCAGGAGGGAUUAAUGUAGCCUGGGAUGAUUUCAUUAGAGUGAGUGAGAGCCGCACUGUAUGUCUAUUCUGCUCUGUUCUAAGUAAAACAUCACACACACACACACACACACACACACACACAUACACACAUGCACGCAAAAUCACAAACACCAAACAAACACACACUGGCAGGCCUGAAGGACUUCUUCAGCUGAAACCAAUUGUGAAAGGCGAGGAAGAAGGUGAUAGAGGAGCCGCCCCCAGUGUGUGUGUGCAUGUGUGUGUUUGUGUUUUUUUUUUUUUUUUUAGCUCGUGUGAGUGCACAUCACGUGUCUUUGUAAAGAAAUCCUGCAGCAUAUGAAAAAAAGAGGUUAAGAAAGCUGAUUAAAAUU